CGUCUCCUCCUCGCCCAAGUUUCUUCGGAAUGACGUGGCGGCGCGCGAACUUUGUAUACCACUGAGAACUUUAAACUUCGGUAAACAAACACGUGUACGUACAGAAACGUUGGAGUUGCGUGAGAUGCGAUUGAGAUUUUUGAGAUAAUUAGAUUUAACAAAUUUUCUAAUAACGCUUGGUUAAAUCUUCGACAAUUAGGUUUUUUCUUUUUUUUUUGUCUUUUUUAUUAAAAAUGUUCGUAUCGUACGACGCGCGAGAUAACGGUUGCCAAAGAGACUUGCUCUGUGUUGCAAUAGGACUUAUCGGAUCAUUAGAUCACGAAGAAAUAAGAAAGAGAGAGGGGCAAGGGUGACUUGAAGAUAAAGUUUGAGGUUAGAAUUCCCGGAUGAGUUCAGCCGACUCGACUUCGGUUCGGUCGUCACUUUGCGCUCGACCGCUCGACGAUUGGUCUAGUCUCUUGGAUCUGUCGCGCGAUCGCCAAUCGUCGGGCAACAAGCGUCAAAGCGACGUCUCAACCGUUGAAUCCGCGAUGAACCCGGCCAUUGAUCGCGAUUGCAUAUCUGUGGUAGAGUGCGAUAAAAGCGACCGACCAUUCGCAAUCACGUGAUGCGUUUACAAAUUUUUAUAUAAACUUUUAGCAAGUCUAGAAAAAUGAUUUCUUUGUUGAGUGCUAUGAUAAUGGACUGACCGUCUUGUAUAAUCGUGGAAUUUUUCACAUAAUUUAGUAAAUAACAGCGGAAAUUGAUCACAGUUGGAAAAUUUAUGCAGUUCCAAGCCUGCGUGAUUGUGUUGUAUGCUUGUACAAGAUCAUCCGGUUUGCCGCCUGAUUUGCCCAGCCAUGCUUGUUGUUUGUUGACCUUCAGCCCUGUCUUUAAUCAAAUAGAGGUCAACUUGUUCUUCGUAUUUAAAAGCGUUCUUUCGCGUGCAAACUCCCACUGCACGCGUGUUACACGACCGUUUCACGCUUCAUCGUCGACAUUGAUAGGUAAAACAAACACAAAAAGGAUUUUGUUUAAUACAGUAAGAUUAUGGACAAAAGUGCAGUGAUAUAACAUUUUUUAAAUUAAAUUUUAUGUGUAUCUCAGAAAUGUUCAAAUGCGAAUAGAAUUUGUUCUCUCUUCAUUUUGAUAAUGGAGAUGGAAGAAACAGAUCAUCUAUCCAAUUUAAAAACCUUGGUAUUAAAGAUUUGUAGAUAUCUCCUGCAGAUUAUCCGUAGAUGGACCUGUUUUGGAAUAACUUUUACGGAAAGUGAAGAGAUGCAACAACACGUUUCUAAAACCUAUGAGCAAAUAAGAGUCCUAACUUUAAACAAUGGCGAGCAUCUUGAUGGAAUAUUAUACAGAUUAAAGAAAGGAUGGACAGUAGAAUUCAGACUCGGAGCUUCUCUUCUUGGAAGAACACUUAGUGUUUUUAUAAAUCAUCCCUUAACAGAUGAUAAACAAUUCGACAGGCAUACCUACUAUCAAUUGCAAUGGAUCGAUGAGUCAGCGAGCAUUCGUUUGAAUUUGGCCGGCUCGUUUCAUUAUUAUGUCAUUGAUCAAAUUCAAAGAGAUGCAAAUCCCAUUGCAUCCGGAUACUUGCUAGUAGAUCCCGAGUUGAAAGUAGGCGAGCACGGGGAGAAUCUGCCUUUGGAUUGUGUUCAGAUUCAAACGGUUUUGGCAAAAUGUCUAGGACCUUUUUCCACCUGGGAAAAGAAGUUACUGGUAACACGAAAUUCUGGAUACAACGCAAUUCAUUUUACACCAAUACAGGAAUUAGGAUAUUCCAAAUCGUCGUAUAGUUUGAAGAAUCAGAUGAUACUCAAUCCUACUUUUAACGAUAAUAACGAGGCCAUUUCUUAUGAAGACGUCAAACAAUUUGUAAAUAAAAUGCGAACCGAAUGGAAGAUGCUAAGCAUAUGUGAUAUCGUUCUGAACCAUACGGCAAACGAAAGUCCUUUUCUGAUUUCUAAUCCGGAAUGCACAUACAAUUGCGUCAACAGCCCUCACUUAUGUUCGGCAUAUAUUUUGGAUGCAGCAUUAUUUGAAUUAACAGUGCAAGUUGCAGCCGGUGAAUGGGAAUUCAAAGGUAUUCCCACUGUAGUUGAGACGGAAGACCAUCUAAAUUCGAUUCGUCAUGCUCUUCAUACGCAUUUCUUGCCGCUCGUGAAGAUACACGAGUUGUACACCGUUGACGUAAAUGAAACCAUAGCGGAAUUUUUGAAUCUGGCCCGCAACGAAACGCCCCAGAACGUGAACAAUCCGAUAACUGAAGAAAUUUCGGUGAUUCAAGAUCCCCAAUUUCGUAGACUGAAGUCGACCAUAGAUAUGCAACUUGCCUUGAAAAAAUAUAACACUUACAGAGCUGAUUGUUUCGAUGAAGAGACUCGUUUGAAACGAUGUGCGGAGGAUUUAAAGAAAAAAUUGCACGAGCUCAAUGAAGUUAUUAAGAACGACGUACAAAAUCACUUAAACGCCGCAGUUGAAAACACCAUUGCUGGGAUAAGAUAUUUCAGAGUGCAAUCCGAUGGUCCGAGACUCAAGGAAAUCAGCGAAAAACAUCCUCUUGUUCCUAGAUAUUUCACCGAUUACGGAGCGCCCAAAUCUCUGGAAGAAAGAGAAGCCAUAAUGUAUUCGGAUAAAGGGUGUUAUCUCAUGGCUCACAACGGUUGGGUUAUGAAUGGCGAUCCUUUGAAGAAUUUUGCGGAGCCCGACUCUAAUGUCUAUAUACGUAGAGAGCUUAUCGCCUGGGGAGAUAGUGUAAAACUUCGAUAUGGGAAAAAACCAGAAGAUUGUCCCUUCUUAUGGCAGCACAUGGUAGCUUACGUAGAACAAACCGCGCAAAUAUUUGAUGGCGUUCGAUUAGACAAUUGCCACUCCACACCGAUUCCCGUUGCCGAAUAUAUGCUUGAUGCUGCACGAAGAAUCCGUCCAGAUCUUUAUGUCGUUGCAGAAUUGUUCACCAACUCCGAUCAAAAGGACAAUAUUUUUGUAAAUCGUCUCGGCAUUACUUCUUUAAUUAGAGAAGCUAUGUCUGCUUGGGAUAGUCACGAAGAAGGUCGAUUGGUGUAUCGUUACGGAGGAGAACCAGUCGGAGCAUUCCUGCAACCGCGAAAACGGCCGUUACUGCCGAGCAUAGCUCACGCUCUGUUUCUGGAUGUGACUCACGAUAAUCCUAGCCCGGUAGAAAAACGGAGCGUUUUUGAUUUACUUCCGAGCGCCGCACUUGUGUCGAUGGCGUGCUGCGCCAGCGGCAGUAAUCGCGGUUACGAUGAAUUAGUGCCUCAUCACAUACACGUGGUAGAUGAGAAAAGACAAUACACAUUGUGGACAGAUGAUGACACUGUUGUGGACGACGUUAAAUUUGUUAGUUCAAAAACUGGUAUAAUCAUGGCUAAAAAGGUAUUAAACGAUUUGCACUAUAUGCUCGGUCAACAGGAAUUUUCACAAGUAUUCGUUGAUCAAAUAGAUAGCGACAUAGUGGCGGUAACGAGACACUCGCCGACCAGUCACGAGAGCGUAGUUUUGGUUGCGUUCACCGCAUUUCAACAUCCGGACUGCAACGCUAGUGACUUGAGAAGACACAUCAGACCAUUGAGAGUGGAGGGUAUAGUGGAGGAAAUUAUCUUGGAAGCAUCGUUUGUGCACGUUGAUGCUAAAGACGGAAAACCUUUUCUUUCGGCCACGAAAUAUACAAAAGACGAAAACUACAUAAACGGAUUGUCCGAAUAUACGUUGAACCUCAAGCAACACAUACAGUGCUGCGACUCAGACAUAAUCGAGAAGGUCGAUUCUGGCGAUCCCAAGAUUACGCAGCUUAAUUUCGUGAACUUUCAACCCGGUUCUGUUAUAGCUAUACGAGUGGCUCUUCACGCUAAUAUAAAACCUGCUUUAACAAAACUUCAAGAUACUAUCUCCCGAAUUACUUCGGGCGAAAGGUCGGAGCUGCACGAUGUGAUUUCCCGUAUGGAUUUGGCGGACUUGAACAAGGUCUUGUACAGAUGCGAUCAAGAAGAAAGAGAUGAAACGUGUAACAAAUUUGGAGUGUACGACGUGCCGGGAUACGGGCCUUUAGUGUAUGCCGGACUGCAAGGUGUCAUAUCCAUCUUGGCUGACAUUCGUUCGAAUAACGAUUUAGGACAUCCCUUAUGUUCUAAUCUCAGACAGGGCAACUGGUUGAUAGAUUAUAUGUGGCAACGUUUGAAAGAGGAUGACGGUACCGAACCCCUUGGAAGAUGGCUCGAGCAAGCUGUGGAACCAUUCCAUUUAAUUCCGAGAUACUUAGUGCCGAGUUAUAUCGAUGUCAUAAUCGUGAACGUUUAUAUGCAUCUCAUGGAGCAUUGCUAUAAUUUGAUGUCAGACUUUGUGAAGAACGGGACUACAUUUGUUAAAUUACUGAGCUUGGUCUCGGUGCAAAUGAGCGGUGUGGUAAGAUCGUCGCAACUGCCGGAUUUGUCGCCGAAUCUCAAUCCGCCAAAACCGAAAACCAAAGUGUACGAUGGAGAAUCCAAACAGACAUGUUCAACGUUAUCCGCAGGAUUGCCGCACUUUGCAACAGGUUACACGAGAAAUUGGGGCAGAGAUACGUUUAUUGCUCUGAGAGGAUUGUUGCUUCUAACGGGUAGACAUACCGAAGCCAGAUUUAUCAUUCUCGGUUUUGCUGGAACUCUGCGACACGGUCUGAUACCCAAUCUACUCGACAAAGGCAGCAAUGCGAGAUUCAAUUGUCGUGACGCCGUGUGGUGGUGGCUUUACAUCAUAAAAUGUUACACCGAGGAAGUGCCAGAUGGCUUGAAUAUUUUAUCUGAUAAAGUUUCACGUCUAUUUCCAACCGACGAUUCACCGGCUUUACCCGCGGGACAACUAGAUCAACCGUUGUACGAAGUAAUGCAGGAGGCACUCACGGUGCAUUUUCAAGGUCUUUGCUUCAGAGAGAGAAACGCCGGGAAACAAAUUGACGAGCACAUGACCGAUCGCGGAUUCAACAAUCAAAUUGGCGUUCAUCCCGAAACUGGCUUCGUGUUCGGCGGCAACGACGCGAAUUGCGGCACCUGGAUGGACAAGAUGGGAUCUUCGGAGAAAGCCGGCAACAAGGGGAAACCAGCCACCCCGCGAAACGGUUCCGCUGUGGAGAUUGUCGGACUGAGCAAGAGCGUUCUCAGUUUUCUGGCCGAAUUAUACAAGCAGAAUCUGUUCCCGUACGGUAGCGUUCAGCGUAAGAGCCGCGACGGUCAAACGAUAACUUGGAGUUACAAGCAGUGGGCCGACAAAAUUCAGGCAAACUUCGAGAAAUACUUUUACGUAAAUGAGGUUCCGACGGAAGGCGAGUUGAAACCCAAUUUGAUUCAUCGGCGAGGCAUAUUCAAGGAUAGUCACGGAGCGACGCAAGAAUGGGCCGAUUAUCAGUUGCGACCUAACUUCCCUAUCACCAUGGUUGUUGCUCCAGAAUUGUUCAAUCCUAAUCACGCCUGGACGGCAUUGAAGAAAGCGGAAGAAAUAUUAUUAGGUCCACUGGGAAUGAAGACACUGGAUCCGGCAGAUUGGGCGUACAACGGUUAUUACGAUAAUUCCAACGAUAGCACCGACAUUAAAGUAGCACACGGUUGGAAUUAUCAUCAAGGACCUGAGUGGAUCUGGCCGAUAGGAUAUUUCUUGCGAGCACGUUUACACUUCGCAUCAUUGGUCGGCGGUAAGGAUGAAUUACGUCACGCGGUUGAAUCGACCGAAGCUAUUAUUUCAAAGCACUUCAUUGAAACGUCCACCAAUCAUUGGAGAGGACUGCCCGAGCUAACCAACAAAGACGGAGCUUAUUGUAACGAUAGUUGCCGCACUCAGGCAUGGAGCGCUUCCUCCAUAAUAGAGGUACUCCACGACCUGCAGAAAAUAAAACAGGAAUUACAAUCGGAAGAAUUACACUUAGAGCAAUUAAAGUUAGAAACAGAAUGUAGUGAAUCUAGGAGCAAAGCGAACGACACGAAUCUACGCCUUCCCGUCGAAGCAGUAGCGACACAACGCACACCGGAAACACACGCAUAUCAUAUUCUGCACGUAGACGUAACGAAUAGACAAAUUCACGGAUCUUCCAUAGCCGCCGCUGCAAGCACGUCUAUAAAGAAGAACGUUAUUCCGAUUGCUGAGAACAAAUCAGUUUCUGCAAUUGAUAGCGAACCAGAUGAUGCGAAUUUCGCCAACCUGUAUAAUUUGUUUCAUUAUACUGACAAUUUGACGGAUGAGAUUUUAUCAGAUAUGAAAGAUAAUACGUGUUGCGAGGAUCAUCAGUGGGACAUUGAGCAACGCGUGUCAAUCAAACACGAUGACGAAAGAAACGAAGUUCUUCCGACUGUUUUACCAAACAUCACGCAUCAUCUCUACGAAGAAGUAGGAUCGUCCAAGAAGCGAGACGACACUCGGGAUUGCGACGAAAAGUACAACUCUGUCACGACGAACACUUUGGCAGACACGCUUGUUCUAUCGGAGCGCAAGAUAUGCGAGGAAUGCAUGAGAAUGAGGCGCAGUCCGGUAUAUACCGAUCGUUUGAUCUAUGCGAAGGAGUCGUUGCUCGCCAUAGAAGUAGUUCUGUGUCAACGCGAUGACGCUUUGUGCUUCAAAUAUCUGCAAGAUAAUAAAUCCGAUGAUGAUGAUGAUGCUUUUUGCUCGCAGUUUGAUCGCUAUCGGGACUGUAUGCUUGUCUACAAUUACGUGAAGACCAACAGCGCGAGUAUACUCUACUCUCGCUCCUGGCCUCAAGACGUUUUCGAUCUGAAGCCGUUAUUGAAGCCGAGUAUUUGUGUUAUUAAUCGAGCUUGCCGUAGCAAUGUAAUAGCGAAUACGCAAUUAUAUCAUCGCUACGCGAACAACUUUCACGUGAGAAUUUCGAGAGCCGGUCGCUCACCGACGGUAUUCUCUCAUCGCGGUCGCAACACCGUCGCGUACUGCACGAAACGCAUUAGCUGGUACAACGAUUCGCAGGAUUCGCUGUUCUAUCAAAUGCAGCAACUUAGAGAUCGUCCGGAUGAACAUCGGGGACACAGGUCAAGCCUGUUGCUGCUGGAGCCGUUACUGCUGAUGCCGGAAAUGGCUAGGUCCGGGCACGAAAAAAACAUCAAGAAUCACGCUUUGCGAUCGGAACGCGCAAAAAUUAUCAAAAUAUUAAUAGCUUACGUAAUAUCGUUUUUUAUUCUUGCGAGCAUUACAGUUUACAUUGUUUAUUUCACUUAGUCGUCGUACAAGCGCUGAUUGGUUUGUUUCUCGAAAAAAUUGCGAAUUCGUCUAGGGAAAUACAAUUUAUAUAUCGCACUGCAUUAGAGAUUAGAGAAGCUUAAGUAAUAUAAUACAUUUUAUCGUUAUUAAUUUUAUAUUGUCUCAAAGUAUAUAUAUAUAUAUGUAUUGUGUGUUUUCACAGAUUUAUUUAUGGAAUUUCAUUAUUUUACAAUUAUUCGCCGGCGUACAAUUACCGCAAUCAAAGAGAUUGAACUGUCCAUUUCUUAAACGAAUUUUUCUCUUUACGUCCGUUUAGUCGCAACGUGAUAUAAAGAUGUACUUUAUAAAUUUUAACAAACUUGUAAUUCAUUUUUUAACAAACGUGUAAUUCUCAUUAUGUUGUUUUUAAUUUAUUAUCGUAUAAUUAUAUGUUUCGUGUACGCUUUGUUACAAUCUAGAAUAAUGUGGUUGGGUUUGAAAUAAUUUUAUGAAGAUAUUGCAAAAAAUGAAAACGAAUUAUUUAACAUAAACGUGUUUUCGAAGCACUAAAAAAGUCAAAACCUAAUUUGUUGUCUGUUUGAAAAUCAAAAUGUUUAAAUAGUUCCUAUUGUUACCGAUGUGCAAUAAAUUUAUACGAUAUAUUUUUGGGGGAAUUUUCAAGUAACAAAAUAAAUAUUUUAUAUAUGAAUUAAAAAAUGUCGACUAUAUUUUAGAUGUAUGUUAUGUAUUACGGGAAAGAUACAAUAAACAAAUAAUCUACAAUAAA